AUGUCGCUUCUGCAUCUUCGUCCAGGAAAACCAGUACCAAUCAACGUUCCAGGGUCAAAGUUUGAAAAUAGACUGAGAGAGGCUGGAUGGGCAGACGGUCAACCGAUUCCUCCAUUCAUUCUCGAGAAGAACAUAGAGGGACGCGUGACGGAGGCAUACAUAUACAAGGAGCAAAGCUUCUUUGGGCAUGAAUACAUUCUUCUCAAUGUUGACGGCGAAUCAUGGAUUCGAAUUGACUGGAUGGGAUCCAUCAAGCAACGAAUCUUUGAAGGCAAUCUCUUCUGGACCAUGGCACCCAACCCAUUCCAACUCAUUUACGGCAAGGACAAGCGCGUCAAGGGUGACACCCCCCGCCAGUUCGCCACAAUCUCAAAGCUAGCGCAGGCUGCUCUGUCGUUGCAGAGUGUUGGGCCAUACGACCCUGUUACAUGGAACUGCAUCGACUUUGCAAGAUGGCUAUUCAAAAAUAUGGUCGAUGGGGUGCCCAUCACACUCCCUGGGUGUCUGUCCCUCGCGGGCAACGAAGGGCCCAAGACAGAUAUCCGGCAAGUUGUCAAUGAAGUCAAGUUGACGCUGGAAUCUACUGCCCAUUUCCCUUUGGGUGUCAUGCUCACCACGGGGAUCCCUGUGAUAGGAGCAAGAUUGACCCAACGAGCGAUGAGGACUGCCGUCGAAUAUGACCACCAGAGGACCCCAGAUAAGAAGGAGAUACAAGCGGCGGAAGCGACGGAGGAGAAGCAUUGA